UUACACAAAACAAAAAACUGAGGUCGUUACUUAGAAGAGACCCUUUUCAACUUUCACCGGAGAAAAUGGCGGCCGCCGCUAGAAUAAACUGCUCCUCCCUUCACAACACUCUUGGCUUUCUCAAUCCUUUACAUUAUUCCCUCAAUUCUAAAGCUAACCAUCUCCGAACCGUCCUCCACUUCCGCCGGAAUAUUCCCUCGUCGUUCUCACACCGAGCAGUGUUUUGCUCCAGCGCCGCCAGUAAUAGUACUCCUCUAGAGCCCAAUGAAGUCGUAUCGGACCCUUUCGUCCUCACCACUCCGCUUUAUUACGUCAAUGCCCCUCCCCACAUGGGCAGCGCCUACACCACCAUCGCCGCUGAUGCCAUUGCCCGAUUUCAGAGGCUGUUGGGGAAGAAAGUUAUAUUUGUGACCGGUACGGACGAGCAUGGCGAGAAGAUUGCCGCCGCAGCUGCCGCCGCUGGUUCCAGUCCGAAGGAACAUUGCGACAUCGUUUCCCAAGCUUACAAGAAACUAUGGGAAGAUUUAGACAUAGCUUAUGACAAGUUCAUACGGACAACUGAUCCCAAGCAUGAAUAUAUAGUGAAGGAGUUCUACUCAAGAGUUCUUGCCAAUGGUGAUAUUUACCGUGCAGACUAUGAGGGGCUCUAUUGUAUCAACUGUGAAGAGUAUAAGGAUGAGAAAGAACUGCUUGAGAACAACUGUUGCCCUACGCACCUUAAGCCAUGUGUAGCACGAAAAGAGGAUAAUUACUUUUUUGCUUUGUCAAAGUAUCAAAAAAGGUUGGAAGAAAUUUUGACAUCAGAUAUGGUGAAGCCCUCAUUUCGUCUAAAUGAGGUACAAACUUGGAUAAAAAGUGGCCUGAGGGACUUUUCCAUUUCCCGAGCAUCAGUGGAUUGGGGUAUCCCUGUUCCUAAUGACAGCAAGCAAACUAUAUAUGUUUGGUUUGAUGCUUUGCUGGGCUACAUAUCAGCUCUUUCAGAGGACACAGAGAAACCUACUUUGCAAACAUCUGUAUCUUUGGGUUGGCCUGCCACACUACACUUGAUUGGAAAGGAUAUUUUACGCUUCCAUGCAGUUUACUGGCCGGCUAUGCUAAUGUCUGCAGGACUAGACCUUCCUAAGAUGGUGUUUGGCCAUGGAUUCUUGACAAAGGAUGGUAUGAAGAUGGGGAAGUCUUUAGGAAAUACAAUUGAACCAAAUGAGUUGGUUAGCAAAUUUGGCUCUGAUGCAGUGAGAUACUUUUUCCUGAGGGAGGUCGAAUUCGGAAGUGAUGGUGACUAUUCAGAGGAACGCUUCAUCAACAUUGUGAAUGCACAUCUUGCUAAUACCAUUGGAAAUCUUCUUAAUCGUACUCUAGGGCUUCUGAAGAAGAACUGCCAAUCAACCUUGGUUACGGAUUCAAGUACUGCAGCUGAAGGAACUAAGUUCAAGGAUGCUGUAGAAAAAUUGGUUGAAAAAGCUCGAGUAAAUUAUGAAAAUCUCUCUCUUUCAUCAGCCUGUGAGGCUGUGCUUGAGAUCGGUAAUGCUGGAAACUCUUACAUGGACGAACGAGCACCAUGGUCUCUUUUCAAGCAAGAGGGUGCUGCUGCUGAAGAUGCUGCCAAGGACCUUGUGAUAAUAUUGGAAACCAUGAGGAUUAUAGCAAUUGCAUUAUCACCUAUCUCCCCGGGUUUAUGCUGGAGAAUAUAUGCACAGCUCGGGUUCUCGAAGAAUCAGUUUGAUGCUGCAACCUGGAGUGAGACCAAGUGGGGUGGACUAAAGAAGGGUCAGGUAAUGGGCCAACCUAAACCAGUGUUUGCAAGGAUUGAAAACCUUACGGAAGGAGAAAAUGGGGUUGAAUUGCCUAAGAAGGGAGCUAAAAGAAAGGAGAAAUCACCCAAGGCUCAACAGGCAGUAGAAGCAUAGAACAAAUUUAUUUAGAAAAAACGAUAUACAUCUUGGAUCAUCUACUUCCUCAGCAAUUUUGUUUUAUACUGUAUUUUCUUUUUCUUCAUGCCCUCAGUCACAUCAUUUGUAAGAAUAAUUAUUCUGUAUGUUAGAUAUUUAUCUUUCUGUUGAAUAAAUUCUCAAAUGGAGUAGCAUGCCUUCAGCUUUGAGCAACA